GUCACAGAUGCCGUGUGAUGUUUUGCUUUUGAAUGGCCUGUCUCGUGUCAUUGAGGGGAUGGAGCCUCUGUAUUAUCAACAGACAGUUGUGGUAUGUAACCAAAACUGAAACUUAAGUACACUCAUUCAAGUCCAGUACUUAAGUUAAGUAAAACGAGAAGUAGCUUAUUAUCAAACGCUCAACCCCCCCGUUUUGAUAAAGAGAACAACUCGGCUAUCUUCGGCUAAAGUCGGCUCCAAUGUUGUCACUCGACGCUGUUUGGCUCGUAGCAUGACACGCCUCUGCUGCACGUCAUGCACCAGUAACACAUCCAAGGUUACCACUUUGCUGCACAUGUAAGAGGAAGAAUGGACUCACAUUUGACAAAUAUCUGUCGGCCAGUGUCAGUCUGAUAGGAUGCAUAUCGCUGAUUUUGUGUCCGGAUCAUUUGCAGGGGCAUGUGGGGUUGCUGUGGGCUACCCUCUGGACACUGUGAAGGUCCGGAUCCAAACCCAGAAACAGUUCACCGGAGUGUGGCAGUGUGCAGCCACAACUUUCUCAAAAGAAGGGGUGCAUGGCUUCUUCAAAGGCAUGUCCCUACCUCUCACCACAAUCACUAUGACCUCUUCUGUGGUGUUUGGCACAUACAGGAACUGCCUGCAAUGUCUGAGCCAGUCACGGGGAGCUUGUCCAAACACCAAACUAGAUGUCUUCGUGUCUGGUUUGGCAGCGGGUAUAGCUCAGACAUCAGUGAUGUCUCCAGGUGACAUCGUAAAAGUACGUCUGCAGUGUCAGACAGAGUCCAAGCGUAAGGGAGCCAACAUGCCAAAACUGAAGUACAACGGUCCAGUUCACUGUCUGCUGAGCAUCAUCAAAGAAGAGGGCUUUAAGGGUCUUUACAGAGGAGUACUUCCCCUUGUGCUGAGAGACGGGCCCUCGUACGCCACUUACUUUUUGACUUAUACAACCAUCUGUGAAUGGCUGACUGACAGCAGCAAGAAAAGACCAGAUUGGGGUGGUGUGAUGCUGGCAGGUGGUGUAGCUGGAAUGGUUGGUUGGACCAUAGGAACACCCAUGGACGUGAUCAAAGCCCGUCUACAGAUGGAUGGAACACGGGAGACAAGGCGAUAUAAGGGGUUUUAUCACUGCAUCACAGAGACGGUGAGGGUGGAGGGAGCGGGUGUGUUCUUCAGGACCUUAGGCAUCAACUGUCUGCGCGCGUUCCCUGUUAACAUGGUGGUGUUUUUAACAUACGAGGUUCUCACCGGACUUCUAAAAGACGGACCUGGAGGUGUUGACCCGCCUCGUAUUGGCUUUGAAUAGUAUUGACUACCUCCUACAUCUGUUAGUUUUAUUAUUGAUCUAAGCUUUUACUUACACAAUGGCAAAUACUUUUUGCGAGGUAAAUCUCUGUUGCAUUGCAGUAUUUAAAUUAAUAUUGUUAUUAUAAUAUUGAGUAAUUUAAACAGUCUGUUACAUUCAUGAUAUUCAGUGACAUAGGGUAAUGUCUGCUUGUAUGCUCAGGAGUGAUGGUCAGUAAUGUUGGUUGCAUAGAUUGGUCCUGCAACACUCUGACCACUAGAUGGCCUCCCUGGCCAGCUUGUUACCUUUUUUUUCUCUUCUUUUACAUUAUGGUUGCAACAGAAGAACAGUGUGAAUGACUGGUUUGGUGUGAAAUCCUAGAUGGUGCAGGAAGAGAUCUCAAUAGAUAUGACACUAACAAACCUAAGCAAUAUAUUUAAGACAUUGAAUUAAGAAUAAUGAAACUGCAGCAGCAUGCACAAUUUAUGUGAUACCCGUCCGUAUCCUAUGUACACACACACGCACACACACACACACACACACACGCACACACACACACACACACACACACACACACACGCACACAUACAGAGAGGGAAUGAGCAGUGACAAAAAGGUCAGGUUCUGACUUAAUGCUUGUUUACCGCUGUUACAGACAGCUUUCAAUUCUCAAAUCUGUAAAACAAAAAGUCAGUAAUCACAGGGUUAAGCAUAUCUUAAACUUGUUUGUUUGAUUCCGUCUUCCUCUAUUACAUUUGAAAUGCAUAGGACAUUUUAAGGGAAUACAUUUGCUGUCAGGGUUUUAUUUCAGGGUUUUUUGACAAGGCAGUAUAUAUGUAUAUGUGAUGAUAUACUAUAUUUGAUGAUAUUUCUGGUUAUUUAUUAUCGAUAUGAGUAUCAUAAAAGUGCAAAAUGUGCCUUCCAUAAUAAAACAAAAUUCAACAU